GCUGAAGUUCAGGUUGCAGCUGUAUUUCCUGCGUUGAGGUCGUGGAGCGGAGAGAUCCAUGUGGUUCAUGUGUGUCUUGUUCCUCGGGUGGCAGUAAUUACGAGGGAUUUCAGGCUCUUACCUAAGGUUCCACUUAUAGAGCACCAGUAACCUUGUCCGUUUAGGGAAACAGUUGCUUCCAACUUACUAUUUGUGUUGCCUAAAUCUGACGAUAUUGGCUCACUCCGUCACCACGCGGUGCUCGACAUCUAUGCAUGCUUUCGGGUCCGAUGCUGGUUUAUCGCUGUUGAGCCUGCUCUACUACGUGUAGAGCGGGUGGCUGUGGCCUCCGGUCAUGAACAUGGCGGAGGAUUCAACUAGCCAUCCAUUUGCCUUUUCAACGCCCACUCCCAACAACGAUCUUCAUAGUCGGAAACCCACGUCAAAGCGGAGGCUGCAGCUCUCUGGCGAGAGGAGUUCUCCCUAUCCCAAUUCUUCACAAAGAAGUAGGAAAUUCUCGUCCGGCAGUAGUCCAGAUUUCUUGGAUUUCGACUCUUCUUUAUGCGAUACCGGAGAAAGUAAGCGAUCGGAUACAUCGUUGGGUCUUCUCACGCAACGUUUCGUUGGACUCCUACGAGGGGCAGAGGAUGGAGUUGUAGACCUGAAUCGGGCCGCGUUGUCGCUGAACGUACAGAAACGAAGAAUAUACGACAUAACCAAUGUGUUAGAAGGAAUCAACCUCAUCGAAAAGAAAUCUAAGAACAACGUUCAGUGGAGAUGUAAUAAUGAUGUCCAUGAAGAAACGUAUCGCAGCCUGUCGAAUGUACAUCGACAAGAACUCGGCGUACUGGACGAUGAGGAGCGACAACUGGAUGCCAUGCUCAACUUUGCUCAAAUAACGUACCGGCAGAUGCAGCAGUCCGACGAACGUGCGUAUGUGGUCUACGAUGACCUGCGUUGCGUGGAGACCUUCAAAGACCAGACCGUAAUCAUUGUCAAAGCCCCGCCGGAGACUGUCCUGGAGAUACCGACCAAUCCUGCCACCGAGCCUCCGAAGACGGUAGUCCUAAAGAGUCGCUCUGGAGUGCCCAUAGACGUGUUUGUCUGUCCCGACAACAGCAGUUCCACAACGGAGGGCUUUUCAUCGUCAUCUCACCCGUCCGGCUCGUCGGGAGAAUCCGUAGAUGUGGGUGGAUCGUCGCCGUUCAAUACGGAAGACCCGUGUCCGUUGUCUGACCGCGAUACUGGAUGUAGUGGCUUGGACGACUCGAUCAAUCCCCCUCUGCCGGUGCACUUCACUGAGCAAGAAAUCGAAUCAUUAGGAAUCAAGUGUGAGCAGACCGACAUAGAUCACCUUAACUCUGCCAUGAUAAGUGGAGUGCCGGCAAAUAUUCUUCAGGGCUAUGAGCCCUCGCUUAACGUUGCAGACCCGCUAUUCGACUCGCGCUUGUUCUUACCUCUCACUGCAACUGGAGAUCAGGACGAUUCGGCGGUGUUUCCGUUCGAUGAGAAUGAACUGGAUAGUGCUGAUUUCAACUUUGCCAUGGACUUCAACAGCGAAUGCUUGGCAGACAUGUUCACGUGACCUAUGGCAUGGCAUGCAGUGCUGUGAUCAUGCACGCAUAGUUGCAUUGCAGUUUUAGAUAUCCCCGGAUGAUACACACCACACCACGCACCACACACCACCUAGCUAGUGAAUCAGGUUUUAAACGCCCAUGCCAUCGUGAGCAGUACACGGCGGCGCUCUUCGAGACGCGCUCGAGGAUUCCCAGCAGGCUGGUCCCGCGUGUGCCGUGUUCAGAUGUGCAAUGCUACAUCCCUGCAGUAGGCAGGCUGGACAUACUCUCUCUUCCCCCCCUUUCCCUAUUGUUCAUAGUUGUGAAGAAAAAACCUACUACUCGAGUGUACAUAAACAAAGCGAUUUUAUUAGCUAGCGAUGAAGUGCUACCAUUUGAAACAAUUUCUUGUGUUCCUGAACUUAAAAAGUCUCGUCAUGGGUGUUUGUAUCAGCACCGCAUGAGCCUGGCAGCUCACGUACUACCUAUUGCUCUAUUAUCAGUUGUUACUCUGAAUAGUCUCCCACUCUCCCUGACCCGCAAGCUUUUGUUGCGCUCAAGCCAAGGCUGGCGCUUCCCUUUACUACUGGCGUUUUCUUCCAAUACUAUCAACUUAAUAACAGCAUCAUCAUCCUCAUCAUCAGCGCAAUCUUUAUUAUUAUUAUUAUCCUACCAUAUCACACCGACUUGUCCGUGCUUUCUACAAUAGUGCUAGACUGCUACUCAUUGUGCUACUCACUGUGUUGAUUGCCUGCUUCACUCCCUUGCCUUUGUGUUCCGAUCAUUUUGUUGCUUUUUUUUAGAAUAUAGGUUUUCUUGAAAAUUAAUUAAAGAAAUCAGCAUCAUCA